AUGUCUGUGAUCACGUGGGAUCAUGUUGAUAAUCCACAAACUUCACUAACAGAGAAACAACUAGAAUCAGUAUUCCUGCUGAACUCAUUAAAUUCAACCCAUGGAGAAGCAUCUAGUGAUCAGUCUGACAAGUGUCAAGAUGGAAAUAAUACACCAGAGCAUUUGUGUGUGCAUUUAGCCUCUCAUUUUUAUUCUUGGUUAUCGUCUGUUGAACAGAAUUUAAGUACUGAAACAUCUGAAGUACCGAGUGAAUUUCUAAGCUUCAUUUCGGGUAGAAAAGCUGAAUGUCUGAAAGUUUUAAAAAUUGUUGAAGAAAUACUCUCAAAACUAUCUGUUUUGGAAAACAAUUACUUGAGUAUUUCACAAACUACUAAUGAGCUACAUGAAUUAUGUGAGCAUCUACUAAGACAACAGAAUGAAAUGGUUGAAUAUGCCGGUUCAAUUGAAGAAUGUUUGGUCAAUUUUGUUCAGGUGGAUAUGAUUAGGACUGAACUUGGAGUAACUAAUUUCGUAGUUUCUCGGGAGAAGUUGUUACCAAUUUUAAACAAGCUGGAUUCAAGUUUAAUAUAUUUUCGGGAUCACCCACAUUUUAAAGAAUCUCCAAACUAUUUAGCUAAAGUGAAAUCUGCACUGAAAUUAGCUCUUGGACUUAUUAAAAUCAAUGUAACAAAUACCAUCGAAAGAACAAUAAAUGAGCUUCUGGAUUUACACGAUGUUAUCAGUCCUGAAAAUUCAUUUAUUCUACUGUAUGGAAGAUUCCGUUCACAUGGACCAAAAAUACGGUCUUUAAUGACGUUACUCGAAGAAAGAGUUCAUGUAACUGAUGAGUAA